UGUUAUCAAUGACAUAUUUGUAAUUAAUUUAAUAAAUACUAUUGAAGACCAGCAACAAAAUCUGGGGAAGUAUGACCAAGAUGGCAGACAUGGCUUACCAGAUGUUAUUCGCUUAAAGAAUGAGUUCCUCUUAUCCAUCUCAGAAAGUGUCUCCGAAGCAUUCAUAGAUGCAUGUUCUGGUCAUAUGUCUUCCUUUGUGAAUGGAUAUGUCAAGAAGAAGUUCAAUGGAGCCACAGGAAAAGUAGUCAACAAUGUACUUGGCAGGUACAAAACAGAGGCCUUUUUCAAGGAUCUACAACACAAACAUGAUAUGAAAACAGCCAGUCAGACGACAGGGAAAGCUUCAUCUGAGACUGAAACAAAAGAACUUCUGGACUAUGCAGAAAAGAUUGGUGAUGUGAAUCGUCCAGCCUCAGUCCUGGACAUUUAUGUCCUCACAAAUAGUGACCUCCUUCAGGGUAAAGGCGUCCAUUUGACAGUGGUGGAUCAACAUGGAAAAACACUCUCAGAGGAGUCCUAUCCAGGAACAAACAGGUCAGCUGGUCAAAUCACUCUAAGGCUGACCAAAGAGCCUCAGAAAACAGACAGUGAGAAAGGAAUAAUCUCCAAAGUAAAAGACAGAAUCAAAGGAGUGCAAAAUCUAUACAGUGGUCACUUUGACCUCAUCCAAGAUGGAAAAGUUAUUACUGUCCACUCAAAGAACCAGAACAGCUUCUACACUGCCAUGGCACAAGCAACAAUGUCAAACAAGACAAGUGAUGAAAUCAAUAAUGAAGCUGUGAAUCUACGAAACAAUGUUAAAGACCAGAUAAAAAACAACCUUCCUGCUCAUUAUCAAAUGGUUCAAACCCAGAGGGCCUAUGAUGCACUUGAAAACCAUUAUGGAAAAUAUACUAUAGUUGGAGGAUCCAAGACAGAUAGAGAGAAGAAUGUGGAAUAUGAGAAGGAUGUAAGUCCAAUGAAGAAGGCUUGUUAUGGUUCCACCGGGCUAACUGAGUAUAAAAUUGCCAAAAACUACCACCUUGCAUUAGUUGGUCCUUACAAAAGAGUCAAAACCACUCCCCUGUUCUCUCAUGACAUGGAUAACCGAGGUAUUGUUGAGGCAGACCAUAUCCCACCCAAGGAUUCGCUAAAGUUGGCCAGAGACCAUCCACAAAUAGAAAAUCUCAAACAGAAGAAUCCAAAGCUUUAUGAUAUGAUAAACAGCAUUGAAUCUGAUCCAAAUGGAAUGAACCUGCUUGCAAUGCGAGUCCUCAAACAGCAUCACAGAGAUGCUCUGACCACCGGAAGCAGUAAGGAGUCUGACAACUGCAGGAAACUGCUGGCAGACACACUUGUAAAUGGAGAUGCAGAGAAAUCACUUAAGCUCUCUUUCAUCAUGGCUCAUCCUGUGGCUUCCAACCAGCUCAGACACUAUGCAGGAAAUCCUCUUUCCUUGGGCACUGAUGCCAACUUCAUGUCUACUGAAGGUACAGUGUCCUACUACAAAGCUGGCUUCAAUCAGAUGCUGAAUCAACACAAUGAAAAGGGAAUCAUAGAUCAGAAUCAGUUGGAGGGGCUGAAGUCCUGGGUGGCUGAUGACAAAUACCUGGACCUCAAUACCCCUGAGUACACUGAUGUACUUAAAGCCAUUAAAUGAAAAAACCUUCCAUAGGGAAAUGUUCAUUUUAUUUUCUUCUUAUACACGUGUAUACAAGAGGAUAUUGGUAAAUUACUAAAAUCUCAUUUCUAUCCUGAAUUCAUAUAGGCAUAGGCGGAAAUCCCGGGGGGGAAGGGGGGGGGGCGAUUUGAAGGUGAUUUGCAGGUACGCUACGUGCAUGGGUGGGAAUCUGACAGAGUCAGUAGCUUGUGGCUGACUUUCAGUAAGUAGGUCAAACAAAGGAUAUGAUAUACAUUUCUUUACUUCUAAAUCACACGACCAUCACCGGCCUUCAUGUUAACUACAGCGAAUUACAGGGCACAUUUUGUUAGCUAUAGCGGUUAGCUGACUUUGCUAGCUACAGUACAGUAUAAUCAACCAGUGUAUUCAGUUUGAAUUCGAGUCAAUUUACAUUUACAGUGCAAUGUAGUGUUCCUUAGCUGGUGAUCGUGUUCGUGUCUACCGUCUGAAUGGCACUCAAUGCAUGUAGCUAUUGUCAGGUUAAUUCCAGUAAAUUCGUUUUGUGUUGCUAGGGUUCACACACAAUAGCUACAUUUGCAGAGCUACUGUAGUGAGCCAACUGAUGGUGCAAA